AUGUGGCUUGAAAGGAAGGAAUCUAUGGGCUUUUCUUCGAAGACACACAGUGAUUUUGACCGACACUUGUUGCUGAAUUUUUCUGAAGAUCAGCCAAAGCAACAAGUGGAAUCUCCAAGCCGUGGUAAGAAGAGCUUAUUAUUGAUAUCGACUCAAUUAUAAUUGCUAAAUUCCGAAUUAUAUCCAAGUUCAAUUAAUUUAACACAAGUUUGAUCCUUUUUCAGAUAAAUUCCUACCAUUUGUGGCUGCGUCGAUACCAAUUGGAAAAGGUAUACCUGUAAAAAUGCCAAAUUUAUGUCUAACACGAAUUGCUGAUCAGGGGGACAAUAUGUAAGUCAAAACAACAAAUUAGAGAAAAUUAAUAUUUUGUCUUGGAGUGUUUCACCACGCAGUUUAAUAUGAAUAAACAUAUAUACUUUAUAAAAUAUGGUAGGUAGUCCAAAAAUACGUCCUAAUUAGAAUUUGAUUUAUAUUGAUAUUGUGUACUUUAUUAUAGAGCCAUGAGUGUUGCAUCAACAUCAAUGCUAGACAAAAGUAGAGUAGAAAGCAUUUCAAUAUCGGUGAACCCAGAAUUUUGGAUUUUAUUAACUGCAACUCAGUAUUAAAUGUAUUAUCUUGUAGUAAUUUUAACAGUUCAUCCAGAAGUACAUCAGAUAAUGAAACAGGUGUUCAUUUUUUUGAAGGGUAAGGACAAAAAAUCGACUUUAGUUAUUACUUGCAUUUAAUCAUUGCAUUUAUGAAUGACAGUAGAUAUAAGUGCUUGUAUGUAUAUCUGCAGUUCACAUAAAUCGAUAUAAGGCAAAGGUUAUUUUAGUUAUCUCAUGACUGAUCGAGCAACAAUGUGUUGUGAAUACACUUUUAGGAAGCAACUCAACAAGUUGUACGGUAAUAAUAUAGUUGAUUUGCAGAUUUUUUGAAGCUCAUUAUAUUAUAGGUUUUUCCUUUCUUUAAGAAUUUCUAUACUUGAUAUAAAGUUUGCAAAAGAAAAUCAUAUAUUAUUACUUAUGUAGAUUCUCGGAUGAGUAUGACCCCGAAGAAACAAUAAGUGCCACUGAAGAUGAAGAUGUCGUGGAUCGGAAAAAGGGGGAAGAGGAUAUGGAUAUCAGCAAUGUGGAGGACCCUCCUACAAGUAAUGGCCCCAUAAAGCCAAACUCACUUGAAGAAAGAAAUGAAAGGUUGGCACAAGAAAUGAAAAAUGCAUUUAGUGUGCUAGAACGAUUGGGAAACAAUAGUGACUUGUUCGGUAAACAUUUUAAACGAGAUCAUGUCAUUGUUGAUGUGCCAUUAUUGCUGGAAACAUUCAACAAUGGCUGCCAGCAUCUAUCCUGUCCUGGAGCAAGUAUAAUACAAAAUACAAACUGGAACGGUGGUGUUUUAACAUUUUCCUGGGAGUGCUCCAAAGGCCAUCUUGGAUAUUGGAGAUCCUCCAAUGUCCUGUGUCAGAAAAACGGACGUGACGUUUAUACCAACUCCUUGUUAAUGGCAGCUGGUGUUUUCAUUUCCGGAAACAAUUUUGACAAGUUGUCUUUAUUUAAUGACUUUUUUGGACCUGGUUUUAUUUCUAAAACCACUUAUAACAGGAUGCAAACACACUUUGUAAUUCCUGAAAUUACACGAUAUUGGGAGCAGAUGAAAAAUGAGAUAUGGCAUAUCCUGUCGGAUGAAUUUGUCAUCUUGUGUGGUAAUGGGUGGAAUGAUUCCCCAGGGCACAGUGCCAAAUACUGUAUGUAUGCAAUAAUAGAACAACAUCUGGACCUGAUAGUGGAUGUGGAGGUAGUUGACAAGCGUCAAACGAAAGGAAUAUCCACAAAUAUGGAAGUCUUUGUACUCAAGACCAUUUUAGAAAGAAUGGUUGGCAAAAUUUUUAUUUCUGAAGUGGUCACAGAUCCAUCAGCUGCCAUCAUUGCAUUGGUUCGUAAGAUGAAAGGUAAUGAAUGCUUAAAAUUUUAA